AUGGUAGCUAAUGCCUACCGCAUAAAAGAAACCUCAGUCCAGGCCAUCGCUGAUCUCCUGGCUUCAGGAUUCACCGGUCAACUCAAAAGAUGGUGGGACUAUGUCCUAACCAACAACCAAAGAAAUGAUAUCCUAACCGCCGUUCAGACUACUGAAGACGGGGUGAUUAUCAUAGAAAAUGGCAGAGUUGUUGAAGACGCUAUCAAUACCUUAAUUUUCAAUAUAACAAAAUAUUUCUUAGGAGACCCAUCUAGGUUAAAAGAUAGGUCCUCUGAACAAUUAAAAAAUUUAAGAUACAGGAAACUACACGACUUCAAGGGGUACAAAGACAUCUUCAUGACGAAGGUGUUAACAAGGGAGGAUGCAAAUUCUCCAUUUUGGAAAGAGAAGUUCAUAACUGGACUUCCAAGUGUCUUCUCUGAGAAGAUCAAACAAAGACUUAGAAAAGAAAACAAUGGUGAAAUCCCAUACCAAAACCUAACUUAUGGAGAUUUAAUAAACACCAUUCAUGAAGAGGGCAUUGCCCUUUGCACAGACCUCAAAUUAGCAAAACAAAUGAAAAAAGAAAAUAAGUCUUACAAAGAACUAGGAGGAUUCUGUGAACAAUACGGAUUCCCAGUUCCCAAACCUCCUUCAAACAAGAAGGAUAAAAAACACAAAAAACACUUUAAAAACAAAAGAAUCUUCAGAGAUAAAUACUCUAAAGAACCAACAAAAGAAUUUUAUACCAAACCCAGGUAUUCAAAGAAAAAGAGGUUCCAAUCUAAGAAACCCCAAGAAGAAACCAGGGAUAAACCCUCAACAAGUUUUGAGAAAAGAAAGUGUUUUAACUGUGGCAAAUUGGGCCACAUCGCAAAGUACUACAAGGCAGCCAAGAAGGUUAGCCUGCUAAACCUUGACCAAGAAACUCAACAAAAAUUAUUCAAGAUUUUCGCCGAGUCUGACUCAGACUCAGAUGACUCAGAAGAUGAAAUCUUCUAUGAUGUCAAUCAAAUUAACCAAGACACUAAGUCCAACAGUGACUAUGAACCUGAUGCAGUUGCAUGCAACUGUGUCACGAAUGCCAUAAAUAAAUAUUCUUCCUCUAAAGAAUAUUCAGAAACCAAAAGCAUCGGAAUGAUUAAGCAAUCAUUCUUUGAUGCAAUUGAACAAAUAGCUGACGUCCAAGUCAGAAAACAAUGCUUAGAAGAAGCCAGACAGGCUUUAGAAGAAAACAAAGAAAGGCAAUAA